AUGGAUAAACUUAUCCAUGACGAUAAAGGAAGUGUCACCAUUUCUAAUGACGGCGCUACUAUUAUGAAAUUGCUUGAUAUUGUUCAUCCCGCCGCGAAGAUCCUCGUUGAUAUCGCCAAGUCUCAGGACUCUGAGGUUGGCGAUGGAACUACUACUGUUGUUCUACUUGCUGGGGAGUUUUUGAAAGAGGCUAAACCUUUUGUAGAGGAUGGAGUCCACCCACAAAAUUUAAUUCGGAGUUAUAGAACUGCAUGCAAUUUGGCAAUUGAGAAGGUCAAAGAACUAGCUGUUAGCAUAGAAGGAAAAAGUCUAGAAGAGAAGAAAAGCUUAUUGGCUAAAUGUGCUGCUACAACACUAUCAUCAAAACUUAUUGGUGGUGAGAAGGAGUUCUUUGCAUCAAUGGUUGUGGAUGCUGUGAUUGCGAUUGGGUAUGAUGAUAGGCUAAAUAUGAUUGGAAUAAAGAAGGUCCCAGGCGGUAAUAUGCGUGAUUCAUUUCUGGUGAAUGGGGUUGCCUUUAAAAAGACGUUUUCUUAUGCGGGGUUUGAACAGCAGCCAAAGAAGUUUUUAAAUCCCAAGAUACUAUUACUCAAUAUUGAAUUGGAGCUGAAAUCUGAGAAAGAAAACGCGGAGAUAAGGUUGUCAGAUCCAUCUCAAUACCAGUCCAUUGUUGAUGCAGAAUGGAAUAUCAUUUAUGACAAGUUGGAUAAAUGUGCACAGAGUGGGGCAAAAGUUGUUCUUUCACGCCUUGCAAUCGGUGAUCUGGCAACACAGUAUUUUGCCGAUCGAGAUAUUUUCUGUGCUGGCCGUGUAAGUGAAGAAGAUCUGCAAAGAGUUGCUGCUGCAACUGGUGGAACUGUGCAAACAACUGUCAACAAUAUAAUUGAUGAGGUUCUUGGGACUUGUGAGGUUUUUGAGGAAAAGCAAGUUGGAAACGAGAGGUUUAAUAUUUUCAAUGGAUGCCCUUCUGGAAAGACAGCUACGAUUGUUCUUCGUGGUGGAGCUGAUCAGUUCAUUGAGGAGGCUGAACGGAGUCUACACGAUGCGAUCAUGAUAGUUAGAAGAGCUAUGAAGAACUCAACUGUAGUUGCUGGUGGUGGUGCUAUAGAUAUGGAAAUAAGUCGGUACUUGAGGCAGCAUGCUCGCACUAUAGCUGGGAAGUCUCAACUGUUUAUCAACUCUUAUGCAAAAGCCCUGGAGGUUAUCCCGCGACAGCUAUGUGAUAACGCCGGGUUUGAUGCAACUGAUGUGCUGAACAAAUUAAGACAGAAACAUGCACUUUCAUCUGGUGAGGGUGCACCUUAUGGAGUGGAUAUCAACACUGUUGGAAUUGCAGAUUCAUUUGCGAACUUUGUUUGGGAGCCGGCAGUUGUGAAGAUUAAUGCUAUAAAUGCUGCUACUGAGGCUUCUUGUCUUAUUUUAAGCGUGGAUGAGACAGUAAAGAACCCCAAGUCUGAAAGCGCACAAGGAGAAGCAGCUGCAGGUGCUAUGGGCCGUGGACGUGGAGGAGGUGGUUUCCGUGGCCGUGGACGUGGGAUGCGAAGACGAUGA